AUGAAUAGCCCUCAGGGCGGAUCAGAAACCUUCAAACGACCCGUUCUGCUCCGACCCGUUUACUGGAACAGUAGAACCACCUCCUGGACCCAAAUGGGAUCGUUCAGUCCAUCGGGUCUGCGUUCAGCGGUGCGGUGCCGAACCGCUGAACGCAGACACUGGUUCCAAUCAGAUCAGGUGGUUCUGGUGUUUGUCCUGCUGGUUCUGAUCCAAACACAGAAUAUGGAUCCAUCGUUAAACGAAAGGUUUCAGUUCAAGUUCCUCCAGAACCGGAUCCCAUCAGUACCGACAGAACAUCCCACAGGAACCUGCGGCCCAGAGACGUCCAGAACCAAAUGGAUCAGGCCUCUGCAGCCCAACAGAACCAGCCAGAAUGUUCUGGACCCGGAGAGGUCCGCUGGUCUGGACGACUGUCUGCAGCAGUACAUCCCGUCCUUCCAGCAGCAGCAGGUGGACGGCGAGAAGCUGCUGAGGAUGAGCCACCAGGAGCUGCUGGCGCUGGGCAUGGCGCGGGUCGGACACCAGGAGCUGCUUCUGGAGGCUGUGGACCUGCUCUGCUCUCUGAACCACGGCGUGGAGUCCGACUGUCUGAAGACCCUGGUGGGUAAAAUGAGGACGGCGCAUCACAACCUGAGCAGCGCCGUGGCGCAGCGCAGGAAGAACCCGGCCUACCAGAACAAGAGCUCCCAUCAGCCCUCCAACGAGUUCCUGAGCGCCGUGGUGGAGCUGAUCGCCGCCGCCAAGAGUCUGCUGGCCUGGUUGGACAGGUCUCCUCUGACGGGCUCCGGCGACUUCACGUCCACCCGAGGAAGGAUCAUCCAGCUGUGCCUUGAGCUGACCUCCACCGUGCAGAAGGACUGCACCAUGUACGAGAUGGAGGAGAAGAUUCUGGAGGUGUCUCAGGCUCUGAACGCCGUCUGUGAGAAGACCGUCCAGGCCGCCGCCGUCCCCUCAACGGCGGAGACGUCCUGCCUGGAGGAGGUCCUCAUCACCGACGUGAAGCCUGGAGAAGGACUGGGAAUCUACAUCAAAUCCACCUACGAUGGACUCCACGUCAUCACAGGAACCACAGAGAACUCUCCUGCAGAUAAAACCCAGAGGAUCCACGCUGGAGAUGAAGUCAUCCAGGUCAACAAGCAGACUGUGGUGGGCUGGCAGCUCAAAUACUUGGUGGAGAAGAUGAGGGCGGAGUCUGGAAGCAUCACCCUGGUUCUGAAGAAGAGGCCUUCAGGAACAUCUGGAAUAGCAGCCGCUCCGCUCAAAAACCUGCGCUGGAGACCGCCGCUCGUACAGACAUCUCAGGGCCCUCCGGGUUUCUACAGAUCUCCACAACCCACAGAAGCUCCAGGGAGGACCUCCAUCUUGGAUCUCUACAUCCCUCCUCCUCCAGCAGCUCCAUACGUCCCUCUGGAAAAGAACAUCUCCUCAGUCGGGAAAACCCAAACCGUGUCGCCAAACUCGUCUCUGGAUGCAGAUGUUCACCGAAACCUGGCUGAAGACGGUCCUCCUGAAGUCAAGCAGCCGGUCCCAAUCCGGCUGAGGCAGCGUUCCGCUCCACACGGCAAACCUCGGCCCAUCUCGCUGCCGGUGGACUCCAUCCUCGGCGUUUCCGGGUCUUCCUCCAAACGCAGAACUCAGGGAAGGAAAGGUAAAGACGACCUGCACAGGUACAUGAGCAACGAGCGGAUCGGCGCCAUUACCGAGGAGGAGCCGUGCUUCCCUGUGCCGUACCGAGGACACCCGUCGGCCCGCGGCGUCGACCACAUCAGAGGCAGCCAGUGCUUCGUCAGCCCCGACCUGCACAGCAGCGCCACCAUCCCUUACCAGGAAGCAGCCGCCAAGAAGGCACCUGCCGCUCCGGCUGCUCCUGCGGCUCCGGCCGGGUCCAAACCGUCACGCUCUCUGCUGGGAGGCUGGCUGGCUCGUCUCAGGAUGCUCAGUCACUGAGGAGGAAGGAUCCAGGUCUCAUCGUUUAAAGUCUCAGCAUGGCCGCCGGGUCGGAACACGGCAGGGUUGGAGUUGCCUUCCUCCUUGUUGGUACCUUUAAUGUUCUGCUGGAGAGGAGCAGAGCCUUCAGACGUCCUGGACGGGUUUCUGCUGGGUUCUAAUCCGUCCUUUGACCUCAUCGUUUCUUUUCCCUGAAGCUUCAGUUCUGUCCUGCAGCUCUAUGGUGUGGCGGUGCUUCCUGCACCCAGAACCAAAGCUGCUUCCUGGCUGCUGGUGGAAGAGCGGCCCGGUCUGAAGGUCUUCCAGCUGACGGACCUCCGAACAAACACGAUGCUCCGGAUCAGCAGAACAUCAGCUGCUUCCUGCCACCUCUGCUCUGGGACUCAUGUUUCAGACUGUGAUGCUUAGAGGUGUUCCUCAGGGAGCUUUAUUGGUUUUAAUGUUUUAGUUCUAAUGAGAAGAACAUUUGUUUAAAGCAGAGAAACUGAAACUAAAGAAAAACUGGAUCCUGUUGUUUAAAAACCAAGACUGUUCCAACCUGCUGAGAUCCUCCCAGAGUCUGAAUGUUUCAGGAAGCUGCAGGGUCACAUGAUCUCAUUUAAGGCGUUUCGAGGCGUCUGAUUGGUCGAUCGUUUUCUUUAAUGUCUGUUCAUUUAAAGAUAGGAUUUAUUUUCCUGCUUUGCUCUAUUUUCUAAAGUGUCUUCACCAGUUUGAGGAAUAAACAAGUUUAACUGGA